CAAGCAACAUGGUGGAAGAGAAUGCAGCAUCGCAAUACCAGGUUCUGGAGGAGCUCGGGAGUGGCAGUUUUGGAGUCGUCUAUAAGGCAAUUGAACGUGCGACUGGGGAAAUCGUUGCCAUUAAGCAUAUCGAUUUAGAAUCCAGCGAGGAUGAUAUCCAGGAAAUCCAACAAGAGAUCUCGGUGCUCAGCACAUGUGCCAGUCCUUUUGUGACUCAAUACAAAGCCAGCUUUCUUCGAGGACACAAGCUAUGGAUCGUAAUGGAAUACUUGGGAGGGGGUUCAUGCUUGGAUUUGCUUAAACCCGGCCCGUUCAACGAAGGCCAUAUCGCUGUGAUCUGCAGAGAACUGCUCCUUGGGCUCGACUAUUUACAUCAGGAAGGAAAGAUACACAGAGAUAUCAAGGCUGCAAAUGUGUUACUGUCGACAUCCGGCAAAGUCAAGCUGGCCGACUUUGGAGUUGCGGCACAACUUACAAACAUAAAGUCGCAACGGAAUACAUUUGUCGGUACCCCUUUUUGGAUGGCCCCGGAGGUCAUACAGCAGGCUGGGUAUGACUUUAAGGCCGAUAUCUGGUCUCUUGGUAUCACGGCAAUGGAACUUAUCAAUGGGGAGCCUCCCAAUGCCUCAACUCACCCGAUGAAAGUCUUAUUCCUUAUUCCCAAGGCCCCCGCACCAAGACUAGAAGGCCCCAACUAUAGCAAAGAUUUCAAAGACUUUGUAGCACAAUGCUUGGUCAAGGACUGCGACCGAAGACCUACGGCAAGAGAGCUCUUGAAACACAAGUUCAUCCGUUCUGCAGGCAAGGUCGAGGCUUUACAAGAAUUGAUCGAGAGGAAACAAGAAUGGGACGGUGGACGGAACCGUCCCUCUCACCCAAGAUUCUAUGAAGAGACACUCAAUACGAUGUCCCCUAAGGACGACCCCGAUCAAUGGGUCUUUGAUACGAUCAAAGCUUCUACUAUUGCAUCUAGGAAAAGUUCCACAAAGAGGCGCAAACUAUCCGUCAUUCAUGCAAAUGGCCAAGGUCUUUAUGAGGGUGUUGAAGAGGCACUCAAAAGACUUGACAUAAAAGACUCCCCCCUUGAAUACUCAUCACCUCCCUCAGGAACUGUCAAAAAGGGCACUGUCCGCAAACAACCCUCAAUCAUUCAGCUUGCAUCACCGGUGAAGCCGCGUCAGGCCAGCAAUCAGAGGCGCCCUCUCCAACCCGACAUGAGUUUUGGUAAUACAGGUUCCACCGUUCGUCUCUUCCGCAGGGUGUCAGACAAUUCGACAUUAGCUCAGGUAUCCUCGGAAUACGAUUAUUCGCCCCCUGGCUUGACCCGUGACGAGAACAGACCACCAAUUGCGGAGACCACCACAAAAGAUGCGAUACUUGGGAGACGCGUUUUCAAUAAAAUUUUCGACCCAUCAUUUCAAGAGCUCCACGCGCAGACUAGCAACCAGGCGAAAAGAGAAGCCCUCUCAAGACUAGCAGACGCCUGGAGUGCUCUGGAUGCUGUUGACCCCGAAGGAGAAUACCAAUUGUUCAAGCUCAUGAUUGACAGAGUGCAGUCCGAACCCAAGCUAGCCUCAUUGCACUCACCUUCCAAAGGCGUGGCUGGGGAUGGGACCCCUCAAGUAACUCCAAAGAAGUCUGGUGCCAAGUUGGUGCUGGCGCAGAGCAAUCCACAUCUCCAGAGUCACCGCCGAAGACAGUCUAGUAUGCAACCAGUUGCAGAGCAUCGUGAAAAGUUGUCCAACCUCCCAGGCCAAGCAGUGAUGGCCGGCAUGGAGCACACGAAACAGCUUGCAGAUGUUCUCUACAACAGGUGGUCCGAGGGAUUGAGAAACCGGUGGCCUGCUGUAUAAACUCGCUCCUCUUUGGAUUUUCCGACGCUCCUAUUUUGCAUCCAUUACAGAGGGAUCUGUACAACAGUGCGGAGCGGAUUUCGUCAUAUCUGACAGAACAUAGACGAGAGGACCGGGGAGAAGAGCAGGGCAUAUUUUGGGAGUUCACUGUACCAACUCUGGCAUUUGAUGACUGAUGAUAACGUUUCUCCUCUACCUUUGAUUCUUAC